GCGCGCUCGAACCGCGACCCGCCCUCGCGACGCGCACGUCCUCGUCGUUCGCUUUUUGAACGCACCCACCGCGCACGCACGCUCGACAUGGCCGCUCUCGCCGCGUCCUUCUUCGCGCCCGGCGCCGCCGCGCUCGCGCGCGAAAAAACCACCGCCCACGCGCGGCGGUCUACUAAGAAUUCCACCGCGACGCGCGCGGCGGUCAAGUCCGACGAGACCGCGAUCUCGAAGCCGUUCGAGGCGCUCGUCGAGGCGACGUCCACGCACCCUGUCGCCGCCGCGCGCAGCGAAUCCUUCGCGCGCACGCCGCACUACAAGGCUGCGUGCGAGCGCGCGGUCAACGAGCAGAUCAACAUCGAAUACAACGUCUCGUACAUCUACCACGCCAUGUACGCGUACUUCGCGCGGGAUAACGUCUACCUCCCGGGCAUCGCCAAGCACUUCUUGCGGGAGUCGCUCGAGGAGCGCGGGCACGCGGAGUUGCUCAUGAACUACCAGAUCAUGCGCGGCGAGCGCGUCGAGCUCCAGGCGCUGAUGCCGCCGCAGGUGGAGUACGACCACCCGGAGAAGGGCGACGCGCUGUACGCGUUCGAGCUGAGCCUCUCGCUCGAGAAGCUGAACAACGAUCGACUGCUGAGCUUGCACGCCGUCGCCGCGGAGUGCGACGACGCGAACAUGCAGGACUUCAUCGAGGGCGAGCUGCUCGCGGAUCAGGUCAAGUCGAUCCAAGAGAUCAGCGAGAUGGUCGCGCAGUUGCGGAGGAUGGGGAACAAGGGCGACGCGGUGUGGCACUUCGACCAGGCGCUUCUCGACAAGGCGUGAGGAGCGCGCGCGCGCGGAGACGACGAGAGGAGGAGGAGGAGAGAGCGUGCGAUGAGGAGGAUCGCCGCGUCUGUACGAACGAAAAAUACUGAUGUAUACCCUUUGGAGGGCCCUUCGGAGUAGGACCCGCCAACUCGAGCGGAGAUUGAAUGACAUUCAAGACGACGCGCUCAUCGCCGUCCGUCCC